AGACAUUUAACCGCAGAAGCAGCAGCAGUGUUUGAAGACGAAGGAAGGGGCCGAGAAGAUAGAUGGCUGACUGGGGGCCCGUGCUCAUCGCGGUGCUCUUCUUCGUGCUCCUCACGCCGGGGCUGCUCUGCCAGAUCCCCGGCAGCGGCCGGGGCAUCCCGGAGUUCCACAGCAUGCGCACCAGCGGCGUCGCCAUCUUCGUCCACACCCUCCUCUUCUUCGGCUUCUGCGCCAUCUUUAUGGUCGCCAUCGGGGUCCACCUCUACGCCGGAUAGCUAGUAGAUACAUGUUGAUCGACGGUCGGUCGAUCCAGUGGACUUUUUUUUUUUUGCAUGCCGAGAUUUCUAGCUAGUACCACUAGUCAGCAGCAAUAAUACCGAUACGCAUGCAUUUGUUGUAUACUGUAGUCUACCAACUCGUGUACUCUUUGCACGGGCUAUACAUCUUAGAAUAUAUACGUACACUGUACUCCUACACGAGUAUCAAACUACUUUGCAGCCCGCUGCUGCUGCUUAAA